AUGGUGCCAGCACCACUGCCGCUGCCCACGCAGUUCCCCUGCUGGUGCAGAGCUGUUUAUUCAUGGGGCGGAGAGGGAAAACGUGAUCUUGGGUUCAUUGAAGGAGAUUUAAUCGAAUGUCUCAAUGCCGGAGAUGGCUCGUGGUGGGUUGGACGACUGUAUCGCGACCGUCGAACGGUCGGCUCCUUUCCCUCCAACUUUGUCAGAGUUCUGCCAGAAGAGUUCCGACCAUCUGCAAAUCGCUCCGUCAGCCCUGUACCACCCAGCAUCGCGCCGAGUCCAUCGAGAUCGAAACCUUUCCGACGCCCGUUUGAGGCAUACGCCAAGGCUCCGCAUUACACCAGCGCAAAGACGCCCAUCACAUUUCGAGAGGAACCCACCACAAAACCAGCGACACCUGUAAAGUCUGCAGCUUCUUCGGCCGCUGUCGCCAGAGCGAAGAGUGGCGCUAUAACGGCACCGCAUCAUACUCCAUCACCGCCUCGCAUAAGACCUUACGACCCCAGAGCUGUAUCUCCUGCUCCGUCAUUCCGCCGACAAGAACCGCCCAUGACGAACGGUCACACUCGACAGCAGUCACCACCCCCACCACCUCCACCACAUAAGCACGUCGUCCGAGCUGGCUCAAUCGACGUCGAGGCCCCGCUUGCCAUGUCUAGACACGGCUCGGUGGCUUCCUAUCAACCGCAUCCCACUCAACUGGCUCGUCAUGGAUCACAAAUCUCAUAUAAUGAGCCGGAUAACUUUCAAAGACACGUAUCAAACGUGUCUUAUGACGAUCGUGGCCAUGGUGGCCAUGGUGACCAGUACAAUACUCCCCGAAGAGCUGGCUCAUACAUGGAGCAUUCACCUGGCGGCAGCAAUGGCAUGACACCCUCACCACUCCGUGAAGCAAUGGAUGGUGUAAUGGAACAACUUGAUGAGCUAGAAGGCCUCGGAAGCCGGGCAGGGGAAUCUCCGGAACCCGAACUUGAUCCUUGGGCGCCCGAGUCUUUUGGCCUGGAGACUCGCGCACCACGGGCAUACGAACCUGAGAUUGGCAGACCCCGAACCUCUAUGGGUAUCGCUCAAUCCGAUGAAGGCUACGAGACUUGGAGUGGUGAAUCUUCUCAAGUCGAUGGUUACAAGCGGAGCCGACCCGAACAGACACAAGAGCUGCCGCAGCUAAGCAACUAUGUCGAAAGAAUGGAGAAACGUUUCCAGAAGAUGCACCAACAUAGCGCCAGCAUGUCUGUGGUAGAAACCAAUGGGCCGCCUCUACCACCUCCAAAGAACCAGCAUUAUACGCGACCCAGCUCUUCAGCUGGAGACCGUGCCGUGCCUGAAAGAGCAUUGAAUCUGCGGAAAUCGGCGUAUGACAUGAGAGCGAAGGAAACCAUCGCGCGCACAUAUACAACAAAGACAAAUGCGACGAAUUCGUCCUCCGGCAACCAAAGCAACACCAGCUAUGCGACACAAAGUAGUGGUAGAACACUGUGGAGUGGUGCAUCGGCAAGUGGCUUCAGCUCAACAAGCGCGGGGAGCAUGGCUAGAAGCCAACAUCACCGAGCCCAGAGCGCCAUGGGUAUGCGGGACGCUGCCGAUCUUGAACGACCAGACUCGCCAUUUACAGGUGUUUCCUAUCACAGCAGCCAUGCUACUAAUGCUAGCGGCGCAGCAAGACCAAUGUCACAAGCCGUAUACGAGGAUCCAGCUGCAGGAUUGGGUGGACUCGUGCAACCUAAAGCUCCCAAGCGCAAUAUUUUCAAAAAGAUUUUCGAAUCCGCCAAAACAGGUGUCGCGAACAAUCGCGGAAGUGUCGCCGGUGGAUCAGGGUACGAACCAGGCAAUUCGUCACCAUUUAACCGCUCUUAUGGUGGUGGAGCAACGGAGUCUACCCGCAUGACGGGCAUGCGUUCGAAUCUGGACACUUUACGGGAAACGCCGUCGGGCCAGAUUGAUUGGGUCCAAGUGCGCCGCGACAUUAACAGAUCGAAUUCACUAAGUAAGAUUGAGAGAGCAGAGCGACGAGACCGCUGCCAAAUUCAAGAUCACCCGGCUUUGAACCCAGUCGACGAGCUUUAUGAAAGCGUUGAGGGUGACGAGGCAGCGGAUGGGAAUCCUGUUUUGGAUUCGCUCAAUUAUCAAUCUAUUAAUCUUACACAAGUCGACAAGAAUUCCCGAUUCACCAACGAAGGUUCUCCGAUGACGACAGCAAUAUCUCUAGCAACCACCUACGUUUGCAGACCUUAUCGCAGCGAUGUACAGCGUUUACGAGCCAUCUUCACAUGGGUCAGCGAGAAGAUCGUCUGGGAAGAAGACUUCGAAGGCGAGAUCAACACACGUGAAGUCAUACAAUCGAAACGUGGCUGUGCGGAAGAGUACGCAGUUCUUGUCAUGGAGAUGUGCCUGGCUGUUGGCAUUACGUGCGAAGUGGUACGAGGAUACCUCAAGGCCCCUGGUGAGUUAAUGGACGGCAGUAUGAUACCACGACCCAAUCACUGGUGGAACGCAGUGCUUGUGGAUGGUGAGUGGCGCAUGAUGGACUGCUGCCUCGCCAGCCCAUCGAACCCGAAGCGAAGCCGAUACUCGACCCUGAACAGCAACGCCGCAGAGCCUUGGUGGUUUCUCACCAGACCGUCAGAGCUCUGCUGGACGCAUGUGCCAGAACACCACGAGCAGCAGCACAUUGUGCCCCCGGUAGCACAUGAAAUCCUUCUCAAUCUACCUUGUGUCUGCCCUACCUUCUUCAAGGAUGGAGUCGAAAUGGUAGACUACAAUACUUCGUCAACACGCAUCGAGGACUUGGAAAUGGUUCACCUGAAGAUGAACGUUCCAGCAGACAUUGAGAUUGUAGCCGAAGUCGAGACUCGCGCCUACUCUCAGGACUUUGAUGGGGAUGUGUUUGAGAGCGGCGAGGUAAUCAAGACAAAAGCGCUGGCGCAAGCAGAGUGGUAUGGUGGUGUCAAGAGAUACACAGUCAAGGCAUUGCUGCCUGGUGACGAGGGCCAGGGAGUGCUCAAAGUAUACGCGGGCACAAGAGGAUUGAUGCACAGCAUCAAGGACGUGCCACACCCGUUGGCCUUAGCGCUGCCAAUCAUCCACACCGGAGAGAACCCUCCUUACCAGUUUGUGACACGACACCCAACGCCUCACGCACAGCGCAACGACAUUUAUAUUGUGCAGCCGCAGUGUCAGCGGCUAGCGCUAAACAACACGUUUGUCUUUGCGAUUCGCCAGCAUCCGUGCCUGUCAGCUGGUGGAAUGCAGUCGAGCCUGACGCCAUCUUCGAACCCUGGCCGGACCAGCCCAAACCCUUUUGCGCGUCCCAGCUCAGCUAUGAGCAUGACGGCUUCGAGCGUCAAUGGCUCUAACCCCAGCUCGGCAAGCGGAACCGUGGCGGGCCAGAAGCCAGCCAAGUUGGCUAUUCAAACGCCCGGCGGCAAGAUUCUUCGUCUUAUGAGGAAAGAGGAUCGCAAGGGUAUCACGGUUACUGGGCGCGACGACGACGAGAUGUGCGACGGCGGUACGUGGGAAACGAUCAUCAAGUGCUCUGAGACGGGUAUUUGGAGAGGUCUUGUCCUGGCCGACCGGACGGCUCGUUGGUGCGUAUUUGCUGAAUGGCACUGUGUUGGCUGA